AACACUCGACACAAACAUCUCACAUCAUCUUUCCAUUUUAUAAAUAUCAAAUACAUCUCUACCUUAUCCACACUUCAAGAAAACACCAACAAAAUGCAGUUCUCCAACGCUCUCCUCGCUAUCCUUUCAGCCGCUGCCACUGCCGAGGCUGGUUGCUUUACCAAGGGUGACGGCAAUGGUCAAGGCGACGGUCAUUAUGGCCAGGGCUUGAACCAGUACGACAUUCUCUCUUCUGUGGCACCCUUACUGAAGGGACACUACUUGUCCAACGAAGACCGUACUCAGUGCGCCAUGGACACCUACCAGAACAAGUGGAGAUUUUACGUCAAGGCAAGCUUUCGAGAUCCUCCAAUUCCGCAUCCGUCAGGAUCAGUCUGCAUUGCUAACAUUUCUGGGUGGCUCACAGAACACCGACGGCAAGCCCAACGAUAUCAGCGAGGCAACCGUCAAGCAGUACCUGCACAACGAGGCCUACGCCUGCCAAUACGGAGGAAAGUCCAAGCAGGAGGGCCACUGGGAGAUUGUUUUACCAUGCUGAAUCUGGGUGUAGCCGCUGAAGACCUUUCAUUGUUUGAUUUUGGAGUUAGCAUCUGGCAUCAGUCUUUCGUUUAG